AAAGCCUACAAAAACCACUCAAAAUAAACAGAAAAAAAGCACUAUGAACCUAACUAUUCGGUCGCCAUUUACAGCCGAAGCUCUUCCCUCUCAGAAAGCAAAGAACAAGGCGGGUAGCUAUAUGGAAAAACUAACCAGCUUUUCACAGCAUCAUUCAAUUCCUAGGCUUUAUAUAUCCAUACCUUUGGGUCAUCCCUAUGUUGUAGUUCUAGCAAAAGCUUCCUGUUUAUGAGAUGCCGACAUUAUACCUCUUCUCCCUAGUCAUAUUCUUACAUGCUGCCUCAACAUUCUCCAGACAUCUACCAGAGGAGGUAUCAGAAGAAGCAGGAAGGUACUACUCAACAAGGCAGUUGGACAGGGAACAAUGCAGAACUGGUAACCCUAUGGAUGACUGCUGGAGGUGUGACCCUGAAUGGGACACCAACCGGAUAAGGCUAGCUGAUUGUGCAGUUGGGUUCGGGAAAGAUGCUAUUGGGGGAAGAGAUGGUGAAGUUUAUGUAGUAACAGAUUCUGAUAACGAUGAUCCCGUAAAUCCUACCCCAGGCACACUUCGUCAUGCUGCCAUUCAAGAAGAACCGCUAUGGAUCAUCUUUGAUCAUGACAUGGUCAUAAUGCUAAAGGAACAACUCCUGAUCAACUCAUACAAGACCAUCGACGGGAGAGGACAUGAUAUCCAAAUAGCACAUGGACCAUGCAUAACCUUACGCAAUGUGAGUAAUAUCAUCAUACAUAAUAUCUACAUACAUGACUGCUUACCUUCAGGAUAUGCCACGGUGUGGGAUCCAUCACUGCAAUACACAACAAGUGGUAGAUCCGAUGGGGAUGGGAUCUCAAUAUUCAGCUCGAGGGAUGUGUGGAUUGAUCACUGCACACUUGCAAAUUGUUACGAUGGGCUUAUUGAUGCAACGUAUGGUUCAACAGCGAUAACAAUCUCUAACAACUAUAUGCUACAUCACAAUGAAGUCAUGCUCAUGGGUCAUAAUGAUGACUUCCUUGAUGACAAGAACAUGCAAGUAACUAUUGCCUUCAAUUACUUUGGGGAAGGCCUGGUUCAGCGAAUUCCCAGAUGCAGGCAUGGGUACUUUCAUAUCGUCAACAAUGUAUACAGUGGUUGGGAGAUGUAUGCAAUUGGUGGAAGUGCCAGCCCGACAAUCAAUAGCCAAGGGAAUGUCUACAUAGCAUUAGACAACAAUUCUACAAAGGAGGUGACAAAACAUGAGAACUCAUUAGAUGAAGAGUGGAAGAGCUGGAAUUGGAGAUCAGAAGGAGAUAUGAUGCUCAAUGGUGCUUUCUUCACACCUUCUGGAGAAGAAGCUUCAGCAAGUUACUUAAAAGCAUCAAGCAUGGCAGCAAAACCACCUUCACUUCUAACAAAGACGGCUCAAUAUGCAGGAAGUCUAAUUUGCCAAGUAGGACAAUUGUGCUAAUAUCUAGCCAACCAAAUUUUCUACUUGUCUAUACCUUUGAUUAUUUUUGGAUUUAUUUUCCAACAUCUCAAAAAUUUCAAAGCUGGACUGAAUGACGUAAAGAUGAAUAACUGAUAUGAAAAGGCUACAAGAGCUUAUGCAA